GAAAGGAACUGUGCAUCAGUGUUUUUACGACAUCUUCGACGAAUUCAACCGCCUGUGCUUUCUGAUGAUAUUUUGGUACGCUAUCCUUAGACUUAGACUACUAUCAAUAACUAUUUGUUUUUGUGUUUUUUUAAUUUAAAUAGUUUGGAAUAAUAUACAAAUAAAAAUUAGCAUAAUUUGGACAAAACGUUUGUUAUGAACUUACGUGUGUUUGUAAAUAUAUAUAUAUAUAACAUAUAUAUUAUAUAGGCCUAUUAAAUAAUUUAAAUGUAUUUAUUUCUAACUGUAACUCACUUUUGUAUCAACAAACAACUUUGUUUUUGAAAUAAUACAUAUGUAUCAUUAUUUUCCAUUACUAUUUUUGGAACUGUCACAAUAAAGUUAUUGUUAAAAGCAUGUUUUUACUUUUAUAUAUACCGGUAUAACAGUGUUAAUAUAUCUGUUGUAUUCAGCUUCAUUUGAAAAAGGUUUAAACUGUUUUUCUUCUUCAUUCAUUGUCUAGGCAAACAUUGACAAAAAGCUAAAUCUUAACUACCUUGGUACUGGCAAUGAUGAGAUUCUUGAUGCAUUGAAGUUUAAAUCCAAUUGGUUUGAAAUAAUCAUCGAAGUUUUAUCAAAUCCCAAAUUAUGUGAACAAGAUUUAGCAGAUGAUCUGAUGCGUCUGAAAGGUCUUUUAUAAAUUUUGUCAUUGUAUUGUAUGAAAAAACAAAACAUUCUUUUAUCAUUUCAAAAUAUAAAAGACUAUUGAAAUCAUGUUUUUAAUUCCACUGCCUUUUACUAAAAUGUGCUCUAAUAACUUGAUUAUACAAGGCUUUUUGUUUCCCAAACUACCUUUAGAACACGUUUCAGUGUUUUUUCCUAAAAUUUCCUAAAUUAACUUAAAAUGACACAUUUUUUUUGUUUAUUUGAACAAUCCCUUGUUACAAUUUCUGAAAAACAAUUACUUUUAAAUAUUUUGUAACUGAUUUGAAACUAGAAUUUAAGAACUAUAAAUUAUAAAGAAUGCAAACCUCAAUCGAAGAUUAAAUGUUUUUAUCUAAACAUGGACAUAUCCGACUUUUGCUUACAAUCAUAAUAGUAUCUACUUAUCUAUUACUAAGGCUAAGCAGAAAUUUGUUAACCACACUACAAUUCUUAGAACAUUCAUUUAAAGACUAUACAAUUUAAGUACUAAUUAAGUACUAAUUGCACAGGUUUUCAAUGUUAAUUUCAAUAAAUUAUUUAAGUGUAUAUUUUAUUAAUUUCGUUCUGAUCAAUCCCCGGGAAAUGAAAAUCAUAGUCAGGAAACUUUGGUCAAUUUUAAAAAAAUCACCUGUUGAGAUUUUUUGUUUUGUUUUUACAUAUAUGUUUUUUUCUGCUGUGUGGGGUGUUGACUAAGCAGAAAUUUAAAAUAAAGUUUCCAUAUUAUGUAAAAGUCUCUAAGGUAAGAUGGAUGUUAGUUUUAUGUAUUUAUUCAUACUGUAAAAAUUUAAUCUGCACACCAGUUUAAGAAAUUGGAUGGAAUUGAACAUAACGACAACACUACUAGUACUAAUUUUAAUUAAAAUUAAACAAACAAAGAAAAACAAAACCUAUAUGCAUUUGAAUUUGAUGUCAUGUGUCGUCGUACCCCACCCCACUUUCCUCCAAAAAUUCAAAUGGCAAUAAAAUUGAUGCUGAUGUUGACUCUCAAUGUGAAAUAAUAUCAAGGAUUUGAUGUAUUUGAAUCGAGUGUACGGACAAAGCUAACUGCUGAAAAUGAUAUGCUUUGGGUUUUUUUUUAAUCAGAGGUAAAUGUAGACUUUUUGCUUUGAAAGUAGUUGACACUAUAAGAUAGUGUUUUAAGAAAGGUGAUUUUAGAGAGAAACGUUUGUUUCUUUAGUUUUGAAACAUAAAAUUACAUGGUAGAAUUUUAAAAUUUUGAAGGAACAUCCUGGUUAGCAAGACGUUUGAAUAUUUGUUUUCUGAAGAGAGAAAAUGGGGAUUCUUCGUAAUGAGCACAUCCAUCCAAAUGCAUAAUCAAUACUAGACCUAUUCAGGAAUUGUAAAGUAGUAAUAUGCUACUAGGAUCCAAGUAUUUGAUUAAAUCUACAGAUUUAGAAAAGUUUAUUCUUAAAUCAUAUGGAUAAAAAUGCAAAGGUCUAAGUUUUAUCUAUAGUUAGACCCAUAAAUUUGUUAGGUUUAACCUGCUCUGUACUGGAGCUAUUGAUGUUUAUUGAUAAGGAGCCAUUGUUUGAGCUCUUUUAUUGUGUUGUGCUUGGCAAGUCUGGAUGAAAUCCAUAAUCAUUUGAUUACAUAAUUGAUCAGAGCCAGUACCAACAUAAUAUAAAGUGGUAUUGUCUGUAAACCAUUCAAAUCUACCAUGAUUUAUUGUAAGAGUUUGAUCAUUUAUUUACACAAAAAGAAAAAGUGGAUCCCAAAAUUAAUUAAUUUAUUUUUAAAUUUAAUAAAGUCUUGAAACCAAUUUUUAGAUUUUUAAAAUCCUAAGUGAUUCAAUUUCAUUUUUGUGACAGGCAAAUUGGAUGCAGAACUUGAAAUAGAAAAUACGAAUGUAAGUUAUAGUUAAAUGGGGGGGGUUUUUGAUUUUUUUUUUUUUUUUUGCUAUCAAAUUACUUCAAAUUUUUAACUUUUCAUGCAAAACAUAUUUAUCAUGUCUGGUUUUUUUUCUAUCACCAAAAAUGAGAACACUUUCUAAAUUUUUAAGAUGUUAUUAAUUUAUCCAAACGUUUAAUCUAGAUAGAUAAGUCAUGCAGCUUAACUUGAUAAUAUAUCCAAUCAUCCCUGUGGUGCUACAUGUAGGGCUCCGGCCUGCCUCACCAUGUCCUUCCACUCAGACCUAUCUCAUGCUUUUUCUUUUCCAUCCUUUAGCACUCUAAACAAAGAACCAUUUUUUUUUAAUGUUUUCUUCCCUUCCUUAGUGUGCGUCAUCAUCUGAUUCUUUUGAAAUGCCGCAGUCUUCCAACAAUAUUCAGGGAGAAAGGAACAGAAAGAGGACAUUUCAUCAAGGCGCUGCACAGGAAAUGUCAGAAGAUAAUAUUCAAACAUGUGAAAAAUGUAAAACUGUAGUUAAGAAUAUACCUAGUGAUGUGGAGCCUGAUGACCGAGGUCGUUGCUUAACUGUGAGAGAUUCAUUCAGGAAAACAGUUCUGAACAUGGAACAUUUGAAAGAACGGAAAAAUAAAAAUUGUCACUAUUCUACAGGUUCAAACAGGUAA